AUGAAUUAUAUCACAGCAUUCGAUAUACAACUUAACAAAGAUGUUUAUUAUAGCGGUGAAAGUGUAUUGGGGAAUGUCAUCCUUGAAAAUUCACAAAAUAUUCGUAUCAAAGAUAUCUGUGUAAUUCUUCGUGGUAAAGCUCAUACUCAUAUCGAAUUAAACAAAACAGAAAAAUGCGGUGAAAAAGAUGAGUCGAUACUACUUGAUGGUUUGCACCAUUUUCCGUUUCAGUUUCAAUUACCACACUGUUCAAUGCCAUGUUCAUUGGAGACGAAAUUUGGGACAAUACGUUAUUAUGUUAAGGUAAUUAUCAAUAUCCCAAAUGGUAGCAUGCCACAAGGUAUCAAAUAUUUCACCAUUAUUGGACCAUCCACAGAUUGUAUGGAUGAAAAAUAUUGUUGUGCAUUGUUAGGACAAAACAAGGAAGUAAGAUGGCACGGAUGCUGUAGGCGUGGUGCAUUAGCCUUAAGAGUUAUUAUGGAUCGUACAGCAUAUUUGUGUGGUGAAAAUGUGCGAAUUUUAGCACAUGUAGAAAAUCGACAGAAUGGAAUAGUUUGGAUUGUAAUGCGUCUAACUCAGCAUGUGGAAUAUUUUGUAGAGAAGAAUGCUGGAGAAAACAAACAGAUCGAUUGCGUAGUUUUGGAAAGCAAGACAUUACCUGUUCAACCGUAUACGCAAGGCAAAUUUGAUACAGCUCAAUUACAAUCAUUUGUCUUACCUGUUGUACCUCCAACAUUGGCUUGCGUAGAGGAUGAAAAAGGCAAUCAAACACUACAGAUGGAAUUUCCACUGACAAUUGCUACAUUGUCAUUUCGGAAAACAACAAUAUCAACACCUGUGCUUGAUUAUGAUAUCUGUUGUCCACAUGUAGAAGGUGGACGUUACAUUUCACCCAAAUUUCAAAUUGGUCGUAUGCAUGAUGAGCAAGAUAUUGAUAUGGAACAAUCGGUUGAUGACCACGUUGUUCUUUAUCGACCGCUUUAUGUUUGCAUUGGCCAACAUCAACCUGGCUCAAACUGUUGUGACAUCGAUACAAAAUAUCUUGGUCAUCAAAUUAAGAAAUCCGCAUCAAUAAUUAACAAAAGCGUUUCGCAGUUGACCAUUCUGGAGAACGAACAAUAUUUGGAAAAAGAAUCGAUGUUUGAUGAUGAUAAUUGUUCGCCUAAUGAAACUGAUUAUCAGGAGUCCCUACUAUCAUUUGAUCAUUCUUCCCUAUCUUCUUGCUAA